UCAUAUCCACACUCCAUUCCUUGUCCUUCCAUUCCAACACUACACAAAUGGCCAUUCCUCCCGUCUCCCUAGUCUCUUCUGAGCACGAAAUUCCUCGUCCAAAGGAUGUCGGUAUCCUUGCAAUGGAGGUCUACUUCCCCCAAAGGUGCAUAUCUGAGGCUGACCUCGAGGUCUUUGAUGGUGUCCCAGCGGGAAAGUACACCAUUGGUCUCGGCCAGGAAUACAUGGCUUGCUGCGAUGACCGGGAAGACAUCAACUCCUUUGCUCUCAAUGCUGUUUCCGGCCUUCUUGAGCGUUACGACAUUGACCCCAAGUCCAUUGGUCGCAUCGACGUCGGAACUGAAACUAUCAUCGACAAAUCAAAGUCUGUGAAGACCACCCUCAUGGACCUCUUCUCUGAAUCUGGUAACUUCGACAUCGAAGGUAUCGAUUCCAAGAAUGCAUGCUAUGGUUCCACUGCUGCGCUCUUCAACGCAGUCAACUGGGUUGAAUCCACCUCGUGGGACGGCCGUAAUGCUAUUGUUGUUGGUGGUGACAUUGCUAUUUACGCUGAAGGUGCUGCACGUCCAGCCGGUGGUGCAGGUGCUGUUGCCCUUCUCAUUGGUCCCAACGCACCUGUUGUCGUUGAACCGAUACACGGUAAUCACAUGACAAACACAUACGAUUUCUACAAGCCCCGAUUGGACUCGGAGUACCCCGAAGUCGACGGGCCUGUCUCAGUUACCACCUACACUUCAGCACUAGAUGCUGCAUACUCGCGCUUCCGUGAAAAGACUGCCAGAGCUAAGAAGGCUCACUUCAAUGGUCAUUCGAAUGGCAAGGAAUCGCUGACAUCCUUCUCAAUCGAUGACAUCGACUACGCUGUCUUCCACAGCCCAUAUGGCAAGCAAGUUCAAAAGGGUCUCGGUCGUCUUUUCUACAACGACUUCCUCGCAAAUCCCUCCUCACCCUACUUCGUCAAUGUCCCUAACCCUGAAUCCGUCCUCGCAACCUCAUACACCGCUUCCCUCACUGACAAGAACCUCGAGAAAACCUUCAUUGGUGUAUCAAAAGCAACAUAUGCCAAGAAAGUGGAGCCUGGAAUGGCCUGCUCGAAACGGUUGGGCAACAUGUACACGGGUUCCCUUUACGGCUGCCUUGCCUCUGUUCUGUCUUCCGUCACACCUUCCGAGCUUCUAGGCAAGCGUUUGAGCAUGUUCGCAUUCGGUUCUGGUUGUGCCGCCAGUUUCUUCACUCUCCAUGUCAAGGGUGACACGUCAGAGAUCCGGGGGAAGAUGGACUUGCUCGCUCGCUUGGCAAGCAUGAAGCUCGUGCCUUGCCAGGAGUACGUUGAUGCCCUCACACUUCGCGAGAAAAACCACAACGCUGUGAACUACACACCAGAGGGUUCCAUUGAGAACAUUUGGCCUGGCACUUUCUACCUUGAGAGCGUGGACAGCAAGUUCCGUCGCAAAUACGCACGUGCACCAAAGGCAUGAGUGACUGCGUGCUUGGCGUCAUCGGAUAUCCUUGCUUGAUGAUAUCUGUUUCAUGAUAUCUUUCAAUUGGCUUGUUUGCAUUGCAUUUAGACGUAUAUACCCGACGCAGUAGUGUGAUAGUAUGUAUACUUGUAGAGAAAGAUGUUGAAUUACUGCGGCGAUAAUACAAUUCACGAGCAUAAGAUUCUUGGGAAUGACUCUGUAUCCGACCUGUGUCUGUCAGUUGUCGAACUUACUACUGAAUCAAUCUACGCUUAGGUGGAAGGUCAUGGGUUUUUUACUAGGGCAAGCGGAGUCCCCCAUUACAAAUGAC